UACAUCUCUAUAAAUUCGUAGUAGCUAACAGUGUUAUUACGAAGGCCAGUGCAGAUUCUGUUCAUUGUUAUGACUAGUUGCCGAAUGUUUAACGAACAAGCCCGCAAUUAGGAAAUAAUUAAAUUAACAUAGUUAGCUAGUUAAGUGGUAGAGGAGAAGGACAUUCAUAACGACGAUGAUAGCCUCUCAUCUUCUGGCAUACUACUUCACGGAGCUCCACCAUGACAAGGUUCAACAAGUGGAUAAAUUAUUGUACCACCUGCGGUUAUCGGACGAGAACCUGAUUGACGUGUCUGAGAGGUUCCGGAGGGAGAUGUAUAAGGGGCUGGGCCGUGACUCCAACCCUACGGCUGCUGUGAAGAUGCUGCCCACGUUUGUGCGCUCCACCCCUGACAGGACAGAAAAGGGAGACUUCCUGGCUCUCGACCUGGGUGGGACCAACUUCCGGGUCCUGCUGGUGAAGGUGUCUGACAAUGGGAAGCAGAAGGUGGAGAUGGAGAACCAGAUCUAUGCCAUUCCUGAGGAGCUGAUGAGGGGCAGCGGCGAAGAGCUCUUCGACCAUAUUGCUGAAUGUCUUGCUAACUUCCUGGAGAAGCUGGGGAUCAAGAACCAGAAGCUUCCUCUGGGCUUCACCUUCUCCUUCCCCUGCCAGCAGACCAAACUGGAUGAGAGUAUUCUGGUGUCAUGGACCAAGGGCUUCAAGUCGCAUGGGGUGGAAGGGAGAGAUGUGGUCAGCCUUCUGAGGAAAGCCAUCAUAAAGAGAGGGGACUUUGACAUUGACAUUGUGUCGGUGAUCAACGACACUGUGGGCACCAUGAUGACCUGUGGAUAUGAUGACCAUCACUGUGAAAUAGGCCUAAUUGUCGGCACUGGCACCAACGCCUGCUACAUGGAGGAGAUGCGUCACCUGGAGCUGGUGGAAGGGGACGAGGGGAGGAUGUGUGUUAACAUGGAGUGGGGGGCAUUUGGGGACGAUGGCGCUCUGGAUGAUCUUCGUACAGACUUCGACCAGGAGAUCGACGCCGGCUCCCUCAACCCCGGCAAACAGCUGUUUGAGAAGAUGAUCAGUGGGAUGUACAUGGGCGAGCUGGUGCGUCUGAUCCUAGUAAAGAUGGCAAAGGAGGACAUGGUUUUUCAGGGUCACACCACCCCUGACCUCGUCACCAAUGGACAACUCCAGACCAGCUUUGUCUCUGCCAUCGAGAAUGACAAAGACAAGGAGGGUCUGGUGAGUGCAGAGAAGAUGCUGAGGGGGCUGGGCCUGGACCCCUCUGUGGAGGACUGCGUGGCCACUCGGAGGGUGUGUCAAGUGGUGUCGACCCGGGCCGCCCACCUGUGUGCUGCCACCCUGGCCGCUGUGUUAAGACAGAUCAGAGACAACAAGGCUGCAGAGAGGCUGAGGACAACAAUAGGAGUGGACGGCUCUGUCUACAAGAACCACCCACAGUUUGCGCGGCGGCUCCACAAGAUGGUGCGGCGGCUGGUGCCGGACUGCGAUGUACGUUUCCUGCGCUCGGAGGACGGAAGUGGGAAGGGAGCGGCCAUGGUGACAGCAGUGGCGUUUCGGCUGGCUAUCCAGCAUGCCGAGCGGCAGCGUAUCCUGGACGCUCUGCGUCUGAGCCAGGAGCAGCUGCUGGACGUGAAAAGGCGGAUGGGAGAGGAGAUGAACAGAGGCUUGGCCAAGGAGAGUCAUGACCAGGCCACCGUCAAGAUGCUGCCCACCUUUGUUCGCUCCAUGCCCGACGGCACAGAGAGUGGUGAAUUCUUGGCCCUGGACCUGGGAGGGACCAACUUCCGGGUUCUGCUGGUGCGUGUGCGGCGCGGGAAGAGACGCAGUGUGGAGAUGUACAACAAGAUCUACUCCAUUCCCCAGGAGGCCAUGCAGGGCACUGGAGAGGAGCUGUUUGACCACAUAGUGCACUGCAUCGCUGACUUCCUGGAGUACAUGGGUAUGAAAGGAGCGUCCUUGCCCCUUGGCUUCACCUUCUCCUUCCCCUGCCAUCAGAGCAAACUGGACCAGGGCAUCCUGCUAAAGUGGACCAAGGGUUUCAAAGCUACUGGCUGCGAGGGGGAGGAUGUUGUCACUCUACUGAAGGAUGCUAUCUACCGCAGAGAGGAGUUUGACCUGGACGUGGUUGCCGUGGUGAAUGAUACGGUGGGCACCAUGAUGACAUGUGGCUACGAGGACCCACUGUGUGAGGUGGGCCUCAUUGUAGGUACUGGCACCAACGUGUGCUACAUGGAGGAGAUGCAGAACAUGGAGCUGUUGGAUGGGAGCGAAGGGAAGAUGUGUGUUAACAUGGAGUGGGGGGCGUUCGGGGACCAUGGAGAGCUGGACGACUUCAGCACAGACUUCGACAAAGCCGUGGAUGAGCACUCGGCCAACCCUGGAAAACAGACGUAUGAGAAGAUGAUCAGUGGGAUGUACCUUGGGGAGAUAGUGAGGAACGUACUGCUGGAGUUCACUACUAAGGGACUGCUGUUCCGUGGCAAACUCUCUGAGAGGCUCAAGACCAGAGGCAUCUUUGAAACCAAGUUCCUCUCUCAGAUCGAAAGUGACCGUCUGGCCCUGAGGCAGGUGCGCUCCAUCCUGCAGCACCUGGGUCUGACCAGCUCUACGUGUGACGACAGCAUCCUGGUUAAGGAGGUGUGUAGCGUGGUAGCUUGCCGCGCUGCCCAGCUCUGUGGUGCCGGCCUGGCCGCCGUGGUCGAUAAGAUCCGGCAGAACCGCAACCUCCCUGAGCUCAAAAUCACAGUGGGUGUCGACGGAACACUCUACAAACUACACCCACACUUCUCCAACUUCAUGCAUGAGACUGUCAGGGACCUGGCGCCGCAGUGCAAGGUCACUUUCAUCCAAUCAGAGGAUGGCAGUGGGAAGGGGGCGGCUCUCAUAACAGCGGUGGCUUGUCGCAUCCGAGAUGCCGGGCAACGCUGAGCGGGGGAGUUCUGGGUACACUGAGGACAAGGGCUGUCUCCCACAAUGGCACCCUAUUUCCAGAUUAGCUGGGCCACAUCGCAUCUGUUGAGCAAAUGAUGUCAUGUUCACAAACCUGCAUCACCAGUUUUUUUGUACUAUUUUAUUUGAUUAUUGUUGUAUGUGUCUGUUUGUCUAUGUUUCAGAGAGCUUGUGUGGGUGUGCAUGGCGGCAAAUUAAACAAAGAGAUCUUCUGUUGGAUCUGACAAUUCAUCUUGAUAGUUGUACAGUCGUCUUAAAUAAAAUUAUGAAGGACCUUG